AUGUCGACGUUACCACCACCACAAACAGCAGACAUUGCUGCGUCACCCGUAGCCGCUCAAUCCACGUCCUCAAUAUCGAGCCCACUGCCGUCGUCUUCCUCUUCGUCCUCUUCCCCCUCCGCAUCCUCCGCAGCGCCUCCGUCGUCGAGCAAUGACCGCCUCCAAAAGUUCCUCGAGAACGACCCUGCCCGCACGGGCUUCGACCCCAAGACCAGCUGGUGGAUGACCUACUUCCGCAUCCUCAGCGGCCAGGUCACGCCCGAGGGCGUCCACCACUACCGCGAAUGGCGCUACCGGCAGAACGAGGCGCGCGACUGCAAGCGCUGCGAAGACGCCCGCGACUACAUGCUCAAGUACUCGCCGAUUGUGCGCUUCAUGGCCGAGAAGACGACACAGCUGGGUGGGCACAAGCUCGACAGCAGCAACAUUGUGUGCGCGCGGUGCCCGGCGCGCGUCACCGAAACGCCCGAGGGCGAACUGCGCAUCGUGCGGCAGGGCGGCGGUUUCCACCCGGACUAUGGCAUUCUGCUGUGUGCCAACGAGAUGCGCGACCGCAAGCAUUUGGAGGACAACCUGGCGCACGAAUUGGUGCACGCGUACGACCACCUGCGGUGGAAGGUGGACUGGGACGAUCUGCGGCACGCGGCGUGCUCGGAGAUCCGGGCGUCGAUGCUGAGCGGCGAGUGCCGGUGGACGCGCGAGUCGAUUACGCGCGGCAACUGGACGCUGACACAGCAGUUCCAGCGGUGCGUGCGGAUGCGGGCCAUCCAGUCGCUGACGGCGCGGCCGCGGUGCAAGGACGACGUGCACGCGACCAAGGUGGUCAACGAGGUCUGGGACUCGUGCUUUAGUGACACGCGGCCCUUUGAUGACAUCUACAAGUAG